AGAAAGCGUGAACCUUCCUAGACAACUAAUGUCUUCCUCCACAUUACAGCUUCCUGCAGGAGUUGUUUAAAUUGAAACAAUCCAAAAGCCUAUGUGGACCAAGAUUACCGUAAUUUAAAAAAAAUGCAAGAUUGUCUGACCAAAGCAAUAUAUCAAAUGUGAAACAAAGUGAGCAGAAUAGAAGAUAGAGUCAAAUGAACCAAGACCUGCACAAACUGUUUAGGUAUGGCACAUAAGAGUAACAGAAGACAUAGAAAUAGUGGGAGCAAUAAUCGGAUUCAUGAAGCAGGAGCUUUACGGCACUCCAACCAACCACCUAAUGUAGAAAAUUCUACCUUGGAGUGGGCUGCUCGAAGGUGGCGGAAUGAAGCCCAUACACAUUCACAGAGAAACAGGAAAAAACACAUUCAAAGCAGAAGUGGACAAUUUAGAACAAGCAGAAAAAGUGGUAGAAGUGUAAGCAGAAAUAGUGGUAGAAGUGUAGACAGAAAUGCUAGAUGCAGACUCAGAAGGACAUGCAAGCUAAGCAGAAGCCGGAGCAGUAAAAGAAGAAGAUAUCGGGCCUGGAGAAGAAGGUGGAUAAAACUACGACGGAGGUACAACAAGAGAUUUAGUAGCAAGGGUCAGCAGCGUUGUGGUAGGAGUUCAAGCAGCAGCAGAAGCAGAAGUGACAGUAGAAGCAGAAAUAGAACACCUCCAAUUUUAGCUGGGGCAACUAACAGUUCUGGUAAACAGCGAAAACAAAAACGAUAUUCUCGCGGAACAAGACAUCACUCAUCGAGGGAGAGUCUCAAUAAACCCCUACUUCCCAGAAGUCACAUCUUAAAGCUUACUAAAAUCUUUCAUGAAAGCGGUAAAGGGAGGUCAAAGAAACCACAAAAAUACAGACUGAGCUAAAACAACACUGAUUUGCGAAUCACAUUAGUGGUAUGAUCGUAGGAUGAUUUGGAUACAGAAGAAUUGCUAGUACCCACAGCUCAGCUAAAAUAAAGU